UUGAAAAGAAAACCAAGACGAAGGCAAACGAAGAUAAAAAAGAAAAAGCUGAAAACAAAACUAGGCCUGAAAUCAAUACUGAUGCAAUUAGGAGACUUAAUAUGAUGUUGGCAGAUAACCUCAAUUCCGAGGUAACUUCGAAGAAACGAAAGGCAGAAGAACCUGCCAUUGAGGAUAAGCAGUCUGGAAGUCAAGUCAAAGAUUCUGGUGUCUCAAAGGUUGAAAAUAAAAACCAAAAACAUAAGAAGAAAAAGUCAGAAUCGCAGCACUUGUCACAAUCGUCUAAUAAAAAUCCUGAAAAAACACAAAAUCUCGAUCAACCUAAUAGUAAAGAUAAAAACAGAAAAGAGAAGAAAGACUUUAAAUUGACACAGAGUCAGGAAAAAGAUUCAUCCGGCUCACAAGAAGAGAACAAAAACGCUUUUGACAUUGAUUCGACUUUUGAGGAUGAAGGAACUGUAGGUCUAGGCAUCUUCAAUAAAAGUUUGAAACGCAGGAAUGAACAGCAAGUUAUCGAAUCAGACUCAACAAAAGCUAGUAAGAAACAAAAAAAGGCAGCCUCAACACAGUCUGAAAAACAAAAAACUCCAACCGUUGAAACUUCAUCUGAAGAAGAAACGAAUUCGGCGAUUGAAGCUUCAUCUGAAAAACAAAAAAUACUGGACGUCGGAACUUCGUCUGAAAAGGUCAAUGGUAAGAAGAAAAAGAAUGAUGGUAAUUUCGAGUUUUCUGUAACUAAAAUUGUUAAGAAAAUCUUUAAAGAAGGAAAGCAUAAAGAGAUAACGCUUCAACAAUUGGAAAAAAAGGUUAUCAGGAAAUGCUUCGCUAAUCCAAAUAACACGUUAAACCUUAACGAACUGAAUCAGAAAUUUAAAGAGAACACA